CGCUCUGUCUCGCAUGUUCCCGCAACAUCCUUUUACGCCUUCAUUGUUGGUGGUGUUCAAUGCCUCUGGUUUAUUCCUCUAUUUCUAUUCUUGGAUGAGGGUUCCUUGACCCAUGGUCGCCCUGCAGCUGUUAAUUUCCGCUGUGCUUGCAUUCACGGACAUUGUGAAUCGCGACGCGCUGCCCCAGCUUGCCCUCCACCCAACCUCCGAGACAACCACCCCCUCCUUCACUUUCACCCCCCAGCUUUGGUGGUGAUCGCAGACCGUUCAGAAAAUGAGCAACAACCCUCCAUGGCUGGAGAAUCUUACAGACGACUGGGUGCCAGUCCCUGCAUCUGGAACUCCUGGAACGCCCGGCACUCCCACCAGUCCAAUCCUAUCCCGAUCAUUCACCCAUUCCCGACGGUCUAGCCUACAAAACUCUCCUAGUCGCAUUCCUGUUCCCGCGCGUCGCUCCGUCGGCCCUUCUCUUGAGUCUUUCAGAAAGAAAGUUUCCAGACCGUGCCACUUCAUCAAACGAGAACCACCCACACCUAAGACCCCUCGUACCCCCAAGACCCCCUCCAAGCUGCGAUCGCCGCUCCCUCCCCCGGAGAAGUCCAACAAAAGCAGCCCGAAACCGAUCCCGAAUCCGCCCUCGCUCCGUAAACAGUCGUCUGCCAUGGACACGAGGUCGCCGUUGCGAUCGGUUUCGAACGUCUCCGGUGAAUCCGAGCAACAAAGCACGGUUCAAGUUAGACCAAAGAAGGGCAAGGGCAAGGAAGGCACCCCGGAAUGGAGGAGAAGACUGGUGCAUGGAAACAUCGCCGCCGGGGAGCAGCGCGACUUGUUUGCGCCGAUCGGGCUGGAGAGUGUUUUCAAACCUCCGACCCCGGGCACUGAAAAGACGCACGAGGAGGCGCUAUCGCGAUUGAAACAGUCUGACAGUAUGUGGCACUUUACGACCCCACUAGGUUAUGACGAUGCCAGUUUCCAAGAUCCUUCAUCGAUUGGCGCAUACGACGACGAAGAUUCAGUGAGCCACAGUCCGAAGUCGUCACCGAAGCAGGAAGAGGCUCGGAGCAGUCCGCCAGCUUUGCCAGGAUCACCAGGGUCACCGGGAUCGCCAGGAUCGCCAGGGUCGCCAGGGUCGCCAGAUUCGCGCAGUAGGACGCUAUCCAUGAGCAAAGAAUCGAAGCGAUCCCCACCAGAAGAUAGCGAACACCUCGACGUUUCCUUCGCCGACAUACAACAAAGAACUGCAAGCGGCAUGGAGGAUUUGCGCAACGAAGACAUAACACCAAUCACGUUCACACGCACGAACACAGUUGACGGACAGACUACGUCGGAGGUCAUCAAAUCGGCACUGAAACAGGUGACAAACAAGCUCGAGAGACUACACCUUUCACCCUGGGACCGACCGGAAUCUCGAGCGAGUGACAGCCUGUUGAUUCACCCACAGCCAGAGAUCGCGGUGGAUACCAUGCCGGAGGAUGACUUGCUCGAUGUCACGAGUCAUUCUUUACCAAAAGACCUCUCCAUGGGGACGCUCGAUUACCGCGGAAGAGGAGCCUUCGCAAACUUGCGGAGGGAAGAGGAUGUGAACGAAGGUUCUUUCCAAAGAAUCCGUCUCUCCCCGCCCACCUUCCCCUCUGAGCGACUCUCACCGUUUCUUCCUGCCAGCUCCAGAAUCCGGAGCUCCCCCCCAUUCUACCAAAAACCCAAUCCUCUAACCGACCCACCGACGCUCCCUAGGCCCUCAUCUGCCCAUGUUGGUGCGUCGAAGCUCUUGCAAUUCAGUGCCGAUCACUCGAAACCAGAAGCCAUGCCCUCCUCUGGAAGCCCGCUCAAGCUCUUUGGAACCCAUGAUACCUUCACCAACAACCGCCUUUUGCGCAGGAUGAGCCAGUUUGAAGAGACAUUUGGGGGUAUGUCCGAGGAUGAUGAACCAGACUCGCCAUCAGAGGAAGCUCGUCGCAAAGGCGAAGGAAGAAGUUUUCUUACCGUGAAUCAUGAAGUUCUGGGUGAGCCAUCUUCACGUCGACAUGAAAGACCGCGGUCGCGCAACACCCCGACCCCGCGUAUCAACAAGUUUGGUGACGGCCAGCUGGACAAUUUUGACUUUUCGGACACAAGUCCGUAUGAACCCAAAUUCCUGAAUAGCGAGACAGUGGAGUCUACUCAUGAACCGCCGCGACGACAGUCCAUUGAGCGAAGAUUCCUUCGGCGCCGCUCGUAUAGACAGAACAGCCAUAGCUCCGACUUCAACAAGUCGAACAGGGGCUCGAGGUCUACGGCUUUGUCAGACAUCACCUCAAGUUCCAAGGCUAUAAGAAACCAAGGGCUGGCAAGAGUAGAGGAGAUGUACCCGUCAGAGACCGAUACAACGCCGAACACGCCUGCCAAAGACCCAACCCCCAAGAGGCGCAGAACCUUCCUUAGGUCUUACAACUCGAGACAAGAUCCUGCUGAAAGUACCACUCAGGAUCCAGAUAAUAUGUCCUUGCUCCAGCGGAGCUUGGCCCAGCAAGGAGUGAGAUGUGAUGAAGAUCAAGAUCAUCAAUUCUCACUCCACUCCAGACCGUCCUCUCGACCGCGAACUCCACCCACAAGUCAAGGGCGGUCUGCUUCACGAAAAAGGCCGUCAUCAGGCAAGGCUUACUCGCGGGCUGGGUAUUCCGAUUCCAUUGACCUAGGCUCUCCCGAGGACAGCGCAAUACCCAUGGUAAGAGUGAAUGGUAUCAAUGAAGGUGGCCGUAAGGGCUCAAUCACCACCCAAGACUUCCUGAACGAAGCGACCAAGAUUAUGGACAUUAUUCGAUCCAAAGGCAGGUCCGCAGGCGGUCUGUCUAGCGUAGAGGAAUCUGACGCCGAGGAAGAUAUUGACGAAAGCGGGAGCUAUGAAGACGAAUCGACUCGGGAGGAAUUUUCGCGGCCUCCAAGUCGCGAAGGGACCGACAUGCGGAGACUGAGGGAGCCCCAACAACAGAGCCCACGGAUCCUGAGCCAUCUCAAGAAGUUUCAGGAGGUUGAUGACCAGGAGUUUGGGGUCAACGCAUCCGCCAUGUCUCUGAAUCUGCACCAAGACCAAGAUCAACCGAAUGAGAACAGCAGCGUUCUACAAGGUGCGGAAACAGAAGAAGGUGAGAGCCAUGAGCUCGACCUGCAGUCGGCUGACCUAGACUUCCGCGGGCGUGAUGGAUUCUCGGCUGGUGAGCCUGAGGAGGAUGACGACCUGCCCGAACUUUUGACUAUCAAUACGCAAGUAUCGUCCAAGAGCCUCAGCGCGCGCUCAGUUCCCACCGGCUCUUCACAGAGCUCGCAUGCAAAGGGUGUUCUCUCAUCCGAUGUCGUCUCGCGACUUAUACCCGAACAGGUGAAUGGGCUGACCUAUGACCGGGACAAGAAUCAGUGGGUUCGGGAGAAACCCAAACCAACUUCCGAGAAGCCCAAGGGCGAAGAUAGUGAAGACGAUCCGUUCAAGGACAUUCCUGACCUUAGUGUUGAUGAAUUGCAAGAGAUGAUGCGAAUGCAGAGCUCCACCUCACCCGAAAGAACAAAGGACUCUAUUCGGCUCGAGAAUGAUCACCACUCGAGUCCACUAAGCUCACCUCGUUUUUCAACGAAAUCAUCGAUGCGCCAGUCACAAUUCAGAGAUACAGGCACUUCGGUCGACGGCAGCUCAGUGCGGUCCAAAACACCCAUCAAUUCCAACGUUUCCGACUCCGAAACCAAAGCAACCUCUUGGGGUACAGACGCCCGCAAAACGAGCAAAACUAUCAGCGAGGUGGAGCAUGAGAUUCAGCUUCAUGAAGGACGACUAUCGAAGCCACCCCAACGUUUGGGGAAUGGCCGCCAGCAAGCUCGUGUUGUGACAAUAAGCUUUUCGUCCCCCCUUGUCUCCCACGUUGCAUACAGCGACGCAGAGAGUCCUGCAAAGCUUCUGCAAGCCCGAGGCAACCUGCAGCCUCAUACGAAUUCCAACGUACCAGGCAACAGUCCUUUGGGCUUCACACAAGCUCAGAAGAGCUUAUUGUUACCCCAACCUGAAUCACCCGACAAUAAGACAUCCUUGACUCGUCAAUCGUUCACUCCUGGCAAAGGGACAAAGGAAGAGGAAUUUCCCGAGGCUCUAAGUCUGGUUCGGAGAGACAUGGGCUCGAUCGAUUGGACCUCGCAAAGGAACGCGGAUACAUCGUUGGUAUGCCUUGAAAAUAAUGGCCUAGAAACAGCUCACAGUUUUCACCUCAGCUCCUUGCCCGACUUCACCGUUGAUCAGAUUGACCCGUCCCUUCACCUGGAGGUAAGCUAUGUUGCACAGCGAACUCAUCCUACAUCACUGCGCCAGGUCCAUGGAACUUUCGCACUGGCAACGGAAGAACUGCUUAAACAUAUUACCGAGGCGGAGCCGUGGGAGCCGCACUGGGAGAACGUUCGCCGUUUGAUUCUUCGACACAAAGGCCUGAUUACACUCCAUAAACUGUGUGACUACUGCCCUUGUCUUGAAGAGCUGGACGUCUGCGGCAACGAUAUAGGCCAAUUAAGUGGCGUACCUCAAAGUGUUAGGAUACUCAAUAUCCAAGAUAAUUGUCUCUCCAACCUUACGGCUUGGGGCCACUUGACGAACCUGCAAUAUCUGGAUGUAUCUGGCAAUAGAUUGGAGAGUCUUGGUGCAUUCAGCAAUUUGAUUCACCUCCGGGAGCUCAGAGCCAAUGACAACAACAUCAAGGACAUCAGCGGCAUCUAUGACUUGGAUGGAUUGUUAAGUUUGCAACUCAGGAACAAUGAACUUGAGGAGCUUGACUUUGGUCGAGCGGAGCUGACUCGGCUCGAGACCUUGGAUCUUAGCCACAACCAGCUCACGUCUAUACGCAACAUCGGCUCCCUCUCAUCUCUCGCAACGGUCGACCUUCGUUAUAACAGACUGUAUGAGUUUGCUGCGUCAGCGGCUCUUUUCAAUCUCCACUCGCUCAAAAUCUCGAACAAUGUAUUGCGCAGCCUUGACGUCUCGAUGUUCCCGUCGUUGACACUCCUUUACGCGGACCAGAACUUUUUGAGUACGAUUUCUGGGCUCGCUACAUGUCACUCACUGGAAGUCCUGUCUGCUCGAGAGCAGAUGAGUGGUAGCAAUGGCGGUCUAUUUGAUAUUGACUUGGGCUUGGCGCAAGACAUACGCAAAGUAUUUCUUUCCUCUAAUAGGCUGGCACCGCGCUGUCUUGCACCAUCCAACGCCCUUCUGAGCCUGCAGCUCCUGGACAUUGCUUCAUGCAGCUUACAAGACCUUCCAGAAGAUUUCGCAUCAAGCUUUCCCAAUGUGAUGGUCUUGAACAUGAACUUUAACUCACUCAAGGAAGUCAACGAACUGGUGGGCAUGAAAUGUCUCUCCAGACUGACGAUUGCUGGCAACAACAUUACCAGACUCAGGCGUCUCUGUCAAGUCCUGGGUCGCAUCGGACGGACUAACAAAGGGAGACUCUGCUCUCUCCAGAAAAUCGAUACCCGAGGAAACCCGCUUACGCUCCGGUUCUAUCCAACUGCAGUCAUCAAGAGCGGCACAGCCAACACAAAGAAGCUUAAAAUCAGGGAGGACCGCCCCCAGCGCAAUGCCAGCUUGGACAUUCCAUCGGCUCUGGCCGAAUUCAAGGAUUUCGACCUGAAUUCAUCGGUUGCUGUGAGGGAAGAUGAUAAGUCGGAUGCCAUAAAAGAACUCGAAAUCCAUGAUCCCUAUACCCUUCCAUUAGCGGAUCCUGUGGCAGACCAGAAGCACCUGUCUCACUUGGACGAGUCAACACGGUUGCGGCGCAGUAUCUUCGAAUUAAUGCUUUAUGCAGCCAGUGGAGGGUCCAUCAAAAUCCUUGAUGGAUUGGAACUACGGCCGUCUCUUGAAGACGGCUCUGACAUGGACCGGGCUUGGGCCAAACUCGAAAAGCUUGGUGUGCUCCGGAAGAAGGCGAUCACGGCAUGGGACCGGCGACAUUAAUCUUGCAGGAUACGGAGUUUGGUGGCCCUUGAAGGUGGGUUGCUUUUCUAUUCUAUUUCGUGUACACAUUUCUUUACUCAGUGUCGAUCUUCACGUUGGAUGGAUGGCGUCACACUCUAUUUUUUUUUGACCCAGAAGGCUUGCAUACGAGGAGUUGUGUGACUUGAGCAUUUGACUUUCGAGCGGACUACCCCCGGGCUUUUGUUGUGCAUUGCAUUUCGUUGGUACCUGUUCUAAUACAAUUCUAAUCAUUUUC